GUUGAUAUUUUCACCCUGCCUGUCAAGUCUAUCUUGACUGUAUGAAAAGUGAAAUAAGUAAUACGUUGUAUUUAUUUACACACAUACCGGAUUCAACAUAAGAUUAUCGACAGGCUGACGCCAAAGCGCAAAAAUGUUGCUGUUGAACUCGUAAGGUGUAUGCAUGUUUAACGUACAGGUGUGUCACCAACUCUGUGUCAGAAAAGCAGUCAGAAGGUAGCCCUGAGCUCAACUCACUUUCAUGAGCUUGACACCUAUAUAUAUCACUGUCAAUGGUGUUUUUCUUAUUCACUCGUUGUAGGCUUUAUAUUUAGAUCCAGUAUGAAGCGAUAAAUACGUUAUAUUCAUUCAUUUUUGGCAGAUAUAUCUGAAGAGUUGUCAAAAGUGUGAAAUCAAUGCGUUGGUUUUAAAUUUUAAUUUCUACUGGACAACUGAUGACUUGACAAACAAAAUGGAUACAGAUUUGUCUGCAAGCGGAGAAGGGGACUCGCAUUCAUACAUUAACGAAGAUUUUCCCUCAGAUGGAAAUGAAGAUGGCCAACUCUUUGAAAGUACAGAGGAGCCAGAAUUUGAAUUCGAUGAGAGUGGAUUAGAACUGGCAGCAGAUGAUGGGGAAAUUGACUCUGCUUGUGACUUAGAGGCAGAACUGAGAGACUUAGCAAGAGAGAAUUCAGAUGGCAGUGCUUUCCAGAGUGGCUCUAUAACUCCUGAUGGACUCAUUGAUGAAGACUUUGAAAAGGAGCUGGGAACACCAUCUGAUGCAGAAGAGGAAGAUGAAGGAGAGUUCCAGGAUGUUGCUCAACACAAUAUUCUGGAAGUUGCAGGUGAUGAUGUUUAUGGUCGAAAGGUGAUCAUCUUUUCAUCAUGUAAGCUCCCAGCUAGUGAGAAGUUGGAUCAUCAGCGACUCUUCCUAUACUUGAAGCACACAUUGGAUCAGUAUGUGGAGAAUGAUUAUGUAAUUGUGUAUUUCCAUUAUGGCUUGACCAGCAAGAACAAACCAAAGCUGUCAUGGCUGUUGCAAGUGUACAGAGAACUAGACAGGAAAUACAAGAAAAACCUGAAGGCUUUGUAUCUGGUGCACCCAACCAGAUUUAUAAAGAUUUUGUGGAAUGUCUUCAAACCCUUUAUUAGUGCGAAGUUUGGGCGUAAGGUGAUGUAUGUGAACUACCUACAUGAACUGAAGGAACACCUACACUUCGACCAGCUGGUGGUACCAGAGCCUGUUCUACAGUAUGAUGCUAAACAAGUUAAGUCCAACAAGCCUCCGUAUCCCUACUCUGGAGAUGGAGUAGAUACAUCUGGGGCACAAAAAACACAACAAUUUGGGGUUACCCUCAACCAUGUGCGACAGAACUACAAGUGUGUGAUACCUCCAGUAGUGGAGGUCUCUGUGGAAUACCUCAGGGCCAAUGCAUUAGAUGUUGAAGGCAUUUUCCGGAGAUCAGCUAAUGCUCGCACCUUAAAAGAAGUCCAGAAGAAAUUCAACCAAGGCCUACCUGUAGACUUCAGUACUGAGGGAGAUGUUCACAUUGCAGCUGUCAUCCUUAAAACCUUCCUCAGGGAGCUGCAGGAGCCCCUCCUAACCUUUGACCUUUACCAGCCAAUCGUCCGCCUUCACAACCAAGAUGAAGAGCGACAAAUGGUAGAGGUCCAGAGGAUGCUGAGGGAAGAACUACCAGAGGACAAUUAUAUUGUUCUGAAAUAUAUCCUCCAGUUCCUGACAGAGAUUGUUGCACAUUCCGAGGAGAACAAAAUGACGUCCAUGAACCUCUCCAUUGUUUUUGGGCCAAACUUGUUAUGGCCGAAGGGCCAAGCUUCCUUGUCUGCUAUGGGAUAUCUAAAUAGCUUCACCAAGUACCUUAUAGACCACUACCGGGACCUGUUUGAGAGCUGACUGUGGGGGCAGGACUGACACAACUCUAAAUAUGUCUUAUUUUCUCUACAAACUCUCGGUGCAGGCUGGUCAACACUGCUUGUUUCAAAUAGUUUAAAUGUAUUAAUACUGUAGAAGUGUUUUAACAUGUGAAACACUCACUUUGUUGAUUAUAAGUCUUUUCCUGUGUAUAACACUUUGCUGACAGUAUCUUAGAAUGUGACAAUAAAAGGUGGAAUCACACUUAACAUUUCUCUGUUUAACUGUGCAAUCAUCAUAGUAUAACAAACAAGUGUGUACCCAGUAGGUCUAAAUACCCAGUAGAACUAAAUACCCAAUAGGGAUGAUUAUUAUUGAUGUUAUUGUUAUGUCUUGAAAAACAAUCUCUUUAACAAAAGGAUUUUUUACUUUUUCUAAUUCCAAGACCAAUUUAGAUACAUCAGAAUUGUACCCUGUAUAGACAAAUUUAUUGUACCGUCCUUUGAUACAGAAUAGGAAUCAUGUCAUCGCUUCUUCUCACGUGAUAUAGAAUAAUUAUUAUACAUGUGUAGUUUGUUAUAGACCGUUGUAUUUUUAUUAUCCAAUCAUUUGAUAUGUUAAAUUAUCAAUAGUUUAUAAAAGUUUGUUGUGCAGUGUAACAUAGAACGAUAGCCAAAUACAAUACUUGUGUACAUGUGAAACAGACGUGCCAAAGGUGACGAGAUGCAUGUACUAGACGUGUUUAAUUGACCCCAGGAUAACAGAGCACAAACAGCGUCAAACUAACAUUCCAAAAUCUUUACUUAGAACGGUUUGUGAUUGCUAGAUACAUUUUAACUGCUAUAUGUCAUACUAGGUCAUGCUUUUUAGGUCACAUGUGUACAGGUGAUGAGGUCACAUGUGUACAGGUGAUGAGGUCACGUGUACAGGUGAUGAGGUCACGUGUACAGGUGAUGAGGUCAAAUGUGUACAGGUGAUGAGGUCACAUGAGUACGGGUGAUGAGGUCACAUCUGUACGGGUGAUGAGGUCACAUGGGUAUAGUUGAUGAGGUCACAUCUGUACGGGUGAUGAGGUCACAUGUGUACGGGUGAUGAGGUCACAUGUGUACGGGUGAUGAGGUCACAUGGGUAUAGUUGAUGAGGUCACCUUGAUAGCAACAUUGCAGUCUUUUUUGUACAACUCUCAUUUACCGUUGUUAAUGUAUUCAGGAUAUCCUGACAGCUACAUUAUACAAUAAGAAGGUAGUGGCAACUCAUUCUAUGUGUUCCUUUACCAGAUAAACUAAGCAAACAAAUUGCCACUGUUUUAGCCUGCUUUCAAUUCUACCUUGCUAUAGGUCCUGAGUGAGGAUCAGUAAGGAUUGAGGACUACCUUGUUGUAGGUCCUGAGUGUGGAUCAGUAAGGAUUGAGGACUACCUUGUUGUAGGUCCUGAGUGUGGAUCAGUAAGGAUUGAGGACUACCUUGUUGUAAAUCCUGAGUGUGGAUCAGUGAGGAUUGAGGACUACCUUGCUGUAAAUCCUGAGUGAGGAUCAGUAAGGAUUGAGGACUACCUUGUUGUAGGUCCUGAGUGUGGAUCAGUAAGGAUUGAGGACUACAUUGUUGUAGGUCCUGAGUGUGGAUCAGUAAGGAUUGAGGACUACCUUGUUGUAGGUCCUGAGUGUGGAUCAGUAAGGAUUGAGGACUACCUUGUUGUAGGUCCUGAGUGUGGAUCAGUAAGGAUUGAGGACUACAUUGUUGUAGGUCCUGAGUGUGGAUCAGUAAGGAUUGAGGACUACCUUGUUGUAGGUCCUGAGUGUGGAUCAGUAAGGAUUGAGGACUACCUUGUUGUAGGUCCUGAGAGUGGAUCAGUAAGGAUGGAGGACUACCUUGUUGGAGGUCCUGAGUGUGGAUCAGUAAGGAUUUAGGACUACCUUGUUGUAGGUCCUGAGUGUGGAUCAGUAAGGAUUGAGGACUACCUUGUUGUAGGUCCUGGGCAUAGAUCAGUAAGGAUUGAGGACUACCUUGUUGUAGGUCCUGAGUGAGGAUCAGUAAGGAUUGAGGACUAUCUUGCUGUAGGUCCUGGGCAUGGAUCAGUAAGGAUUGAGGACUAUCUUGUUGUAGGUCCUGGGCAUGGAUCAGUAAGGAUUGAGGACUACCUUGUUGUAGGUCCCGAGUGUGGAUCAGUGAGGAUGGAGAAGUACCCUGCUAUAUAUAGAUGCUUUAUUUGAGACUGCCAUUCCUGUUGUUGGGUUUAUUACUUCAUUACUUUCCUUGGGUUUAUACAAUAAGACUUGUAAUCGGUUUGUGUCAGUCCCCCCUUAAUUUGCCCCCGAGAUAUGGGUUUUCAUGUGUCAUCUAAGUCUUAUUUCACAUUUUGAGUGAUUUGUUAUAGUUACGUAUUACAUGUAUCUGUGCUAAGACAUAUUCAUAUUGUUAGAUUUGAACUUACUAUAAUUGUUUAGUAUAAAAAGGCCCUGUCUGAUUCAUUAGAAAACAAUUUAUCUUCACAUUACUGUAUUGUACUGAAUAAACAAUGUAAUGUAGCUAUUUGUUAAUACAAUAAUCCCAUUGAGGGAUAUAUUUAUAAACAAA